GUGUGUGUGUGUGUGUAGUGUGUGUGUGUGUGCGUGCGUGCUCCCUAGUAGCCCCCUCUCACUCCUUUCCACUCCUCUUCUCCUCUCCUCGCUGCCAGUAUUGGUCACCCACCUCCCCCAACUUCCUCUCAGUGACCUGCCCCUGGAAAUAUGGAACCGCGUCGCAAGGCCAAGAAGGGGGGGAACACCGCCACCACCAAAACCCCUGCUCCCGCUCCGGUGGUGGUGGAGCCCCCAGUGGUGGUGGAGCCCGCGGUGGACCUGACGGAUGAGCUGGGUCAGCAGCUGGAGGACAUCAUCAGCACCUACCAGCUGGUGGAGAAGCCCACCGAGGAGGUGGACGAGGACGGCAAGAGCGGCGGAGGAGGAGAGUCGUCCCCACAGAAGGACGGAGGCGGUGGCCAAACUGCUAAAGACCAGAAGUCUGAGAAGAAGCUGCUCAAGAACCUCGGUAAAGAGGCCAUGCUGCUGAUGCAGAGCCUGAACAAGCUGGGCACCCCGGAGCAGAAACUGGACGCGCUCAUCAAGAAGCACGCCGAGCUGCUGGAGGAGCACCGCGGCGAGCAGAAGCAGCUGAAGGUGCUCCAGAAGAAGCUGAUGCAGGUGAUGAAGGAGAAGGACACGCUGCAGAGCGAGCACAGCCGCGCCGUCCUGGCACGCAGCAAGCUGGAGGGGCUGUGCCGAGAGCUGCAGAGACACAACAAGACGCUCAAGGAGGAAACGUUGCAGAGGUGCAGGGAGGACGACAUGAAACGCAAAGAGAUCACCAGUCACUUCCAGAGCACGCUGAGCGACAUCCAGGCCCAGAUCGAGGAGCACAGCACGCGCAACACCAAGCUGUGCAAAGAGAACAGCGACCUGGCCGAGAAACUCAAGGGGCUCAUUGCACAGUACGACCAGAGGGAGGCGAACCUGGAGAAGGUGUUCAAGCACAGAGACCUGCAGCAGAAGCUUCUGGAGACCAAGCUGGCACAGGCCAACCUGAUGCUGAAGGAGGCCGAGGAGAGACACAAAGUGGAGAAGGAACAUCUCCUGAAACAGACUGCGGAGGCCAAACUGACAGUGAAACUUCUGAGAGAAGCUGAAACUGACAUGAAAGCUCAGCUGGCUGUGUACUCUGAGAAGUUUGAGGAGUUCCAAGGCUCUGUGUCCAAAAGCACUGGUGUUUAUGCCAGCUUCAAGCAAGACAUGGAUAGGAUGUCGAAGAAGAUGAGGAAGUUGGAGAAGGAGGCCAGUGGCUGGAAGUCUCGCUUCGACGGCUGCAACAAGGCCCUGGUGGACAUGGUGGCAGAAAAAGUGGUGCGAGAUAAAGAAGUGGAACUCCUGUCCACAAAGAACCAGAGGCUUGAGCAGCUGUGCCGGGCUAUGCAGGAGCAGAGGAAGCCCCUUGUAGCUGCUACUAGCGCGGCAGAGACGUCCACGGCAGCUCCUACAGAGGAGAAGUCAGAGGAAGUCACAGAGGAGAAGAAGGCUGUGGACGUGGUGGAGGAGAUGCCCAAGGAGCAUUCACCUGCAACACCUGCCCCAGCCCCCGCCUCUGCCCCAGCACCAGCCCCAUCCACAGCCUCUGCCCCUGCUUCUGAACCAGCCUCUGCGUCUGAACCAGCCCCUGCUCCCGCCCCAGUCCCUACCUCUGCCCCAGCCCCAGCCUCUGAACCAGCCCCAGCCUCAGCCCCAGCACCCAUACCUGUCCCUACCUCUGCCCCAGCCCCUGCUCCUGCUCCGGCUCCUGCUAAGGAGCCAAAAGCUGCCGUCGCUGCCGCCCUCGACUCCCCAAAGACCAAAGAGCUGUCCACCCUGAAGGCCCAGCAGGCUCGGCUGAAGGAGAUUGCCACCAGCUUCACCAUCUCCCACGUCGUACCUCAUGAGGUCCUGAUGGCGGCGGGCGAGUACGACGUCGAAGACGAGGAAGAGCGCGAGAACGGCGACGACAAUAACGCUCCAGGGGCCAGUCAGAGCUCGACGAUGGAAGAGCUGAGCGCGGAAGCACUGCGGGUCAACGGCUGCGGAGCAGAGACCCUGACAUCCGAGGAGCAGGAGGAGAGGGAGAGGGAGCUCGCCAGCGUUGACUAAAUUAGUCUCAGCUUUCUUUUUGUUUUGUUACUCUACUUCCCAUCCCAUGACAAUAGUUUUACAUUGAUACUGCCUUUAUUUAUAACCAUGAAUUUGGAAAUAAAGCUCAACUGUGUUUACAGACGU